UCCCUUCCCCUUUAAAUCUCCACUCCCGUGAUGCUCUAUUCUGACAUCCCACGUUUUUAGGAAAUGGCUGCCGUUGGCGGUUGGGGUAAAAGGAUCUGUAAAACCGGUCUAGGCUGGCUGCCUACCUUGCAGCUUAUUCGUCAUGGCUCCAAAUCUGUCACACGUCACUGGAAACCGAUGCACAUUAUGAGGCAAAAGCUGAUGGCAGUGACUGAGUACAUCCCACCAAAACCUCUGGAUUCAGAGACCUGUAUGAAACCCCGUGUCAUUCUUCCUAAAGAAGAGACUGGCUAUGAAAGACUGUUAUUGCGUCAAGUGAAACAAACAUUUCUUGAGAAUAAAAUGAUUAUUGUGUGCCAAUAUAAUUAUAUUCCUGGAAAUGAUAUGGUAUUAUUCAGGCAUCGGCUGCGAAAGUAUAAUAUCCAUGUCAAAUUUUUUCCCAAUGAGAUCAUGAUUCCCUUUCUUUCGGAAUCGAAAUACAAGAAUCUCCUCCCUCUUUUUGUGGAACGCAACCUUCUACUUGUCAGUAUGGAAACAAAGGCUCGGGAAACACUUCAAGUCCUGAAGCGUGUGCCACAGAUUAAUAUGUUAGGAGCUUGCAUCGACAAUGUCAUCCUAAGCAAGCAAGGCUUUGUAAAUUAUUCUAAGCUACCAUCUAUAGUAACUGCCCAGGGAGAAACUGCAGGUGUAUUCUCACUCAUGACAUCCCACACUAGCAGACUUCUGCAUCGUGGCUCUGUUCACCUCAGUUCAUUGCUGGACCAAUAUGUUCAACAGGAAAAUGAAAAAGUUGAAGGAAAAGCAGAUAGGAACAUCAGCUAAACUGGAAGCAAUUUAAUUCUUCAGUGUAAAAUUGUCAUGUUUACUUUGUUGCAUCCCCAUGGGUUAGUGGGAGAGGUUAAUUAGUAUGAUUGAUAAAGUUCUGGCUAUCAGACCACAUGGAGAAAAAAAUGCUGCAGAACUAGACUAUGAACAAGGAAUCUUAUUGACUGUGCUUCUAUGAUACUGCAUAUUUGUAGAAUUUUACUAUAUGUGGAGGACCAUGGGUGUUAUCAUUUAAAUAUGUUCAGGUGCGGUACAUUGUUUAAAUAUGAAUAAAAUUACAUUAAUAAUUUGCAUAAUUUUCUGCUUUAGGUUGGGCAAGAAACAGUCUUUAAUAGGAAUGUUUGUAUUUAUUUUAGACUGUAUAUAUCAUAACUUAUCAAAAUAGAUUGGUUUGACAAAGUAAGUUAAAUUUUAAAAACUGAAUUAACAACAAAAUAAGAACAAAUUUCAGACAGAUCCAAGAUGAAAUCAUAUUGAAAACAUGUAAAAUAACAACAAAAUAUUUACUCUGGCACCAAACAGUAUAUAAUUUUAUCAGUGUUUUUAAGAACCUAGGAUAAAUAAUAAAUUAAUUUAUUCUGUGAUGACAACCAGCUGUUCUUAAAAGGACAGAUGUCUUUCCCACUUAUGGUCCACUAUUAAUAUGAUAAAUGAAUAGAAAUUACAAUAGUUCUAAUGAGAAAUAGGUUGUUUUGUAUCACUUUCAGAGUUUGGUUAUCUUUUUUGGGAUACUAACUGUUAGGUUCCAUUAAAUUGUGUAGUGUAGUUAGAAUUAGAAAAUAGAGUUAGAAUUUUUUUUUAAUGUUGAAAUAGAUUGCUAAAUGAGAAAACCUUUUUGACAUGAGCAUCUUGAAUAUAUAAGAAAGAACAUAGAAAAAGAUACAUAAUUUUUGUUAUAGUACAAAAUGUUUUUGAAUGGAAAUUAUUCAUUGCAUUUCACCUUUUAAAUAUGCUUAUGUAGGAUAAAUGUUCUUAUUUGAUUAAAUAAGUAUUAAAAUGCUAAAGAAAUGUGGAUUCACAGUAGUUGUAUGUAGUGGAUUUUAGCUUAAAUUAAGCAUGUAUAAUUCAAGUUUUAAGUAGAAAAAUAUGCUUCUUUGCAGAAUACUUUAUAAGCAAAAAUGUCUUCAAUUAUCUAAGUGAAAUAUUCUCAAUAUCAAGCUCAAUUGUGUGCUAAGAAAGUUUUUAAAUUUAAAAACCUUCCUAGAUAAUGCAGCUUGAAUAAAAUAUUUUACUCUGUUUUAAUAGCAUAUUUUCUCAGGAAAUAUGAAAAUUCAAGAUACGAUAUAAAGUUUGUGUCUUUA